AUGUAUCUGCUCGGCGCACACCUGCCCGACCACAAGCUCGUGCGCAUCGCGCUCACGGGCUUCUACGGCAUCUCGUACCACGUGGCGCGGCAGCUGUGUGCGCGCCUCUCGCUGCACGACUCGGCGACCGUGGCGUCGCUGAGCGAUGCGCAGAUCAACCAGCUCAGCGCCUACCUCAGCGCACCCACCAGCGUGCCGGCGCGCGCCGCCAGCCCCACGAGCGCCGAUGCCCAGGUCGUCUUCGCCCGCGACGCCGCGCCGUCCUCGUCCUCGAGCUCGGCCGGCUCCUCUUCCUCCUCGGCGCCCCUGCCGCCGUCGCAGCGCGCCAGUCCCUUCGAGGAUCCGCUGCGCUCCAUCGUGCUCGAGGCCGACCUGCGCCGCCAGCACACGGCCAACAUCGCACACCACCGCACCGUCGGCACGUACAUCGGCCGCCGCCACGUGCAGGGCCUGCCGGUGCGCGGGCAGCGCACGCGCCGCAACGCCCAGACGGCAAAGAAGCUCAACCGCAUGGAGCGGAGACAGUACUCGAGCUACACCAGCGCUGCCGCCUCGGCCCCACCACAGGCGCCUGCGCCAACAUCCGCCGGGCCGCUCUCGACUCUGCUGCGGAGUCUCGCCGCGCGGCGCUUCGGCGCGGCAUGA